AAGGCCGCAUUGAGAAAAAAACCUUGUUACUUCUGAGAUAGAAGUCUGCCUAAGCGCGCAACGUCGUUUAGUUUCCAUUUCAAGCUGUGAAAUAAAUAUUCUGAAAGAAAGUUGUUUAAAAUCGUUAAUUUUGUUGGAGAUAAAUGGCAAUAGUUAAUUUAGUGCUUGAAAUUUGUGUUUGCGCUUCUUAAUCAAAGCAGCGGGGAUUUUUAUAUUAUUUGUAUUUAUUCACAGAUCGCGCGAAAAAUAAUUAUUUUGACGAAUUGGGUUGAGUUUGUGUGCGGUUUUCCAGUCAUCCACGUGUUCGAAAAUCUCACUACAAAACAAAAACUGAAGGAUGUUAAUGCAUCUCGGUGUUUGAAAAUGUGCAAAUUAGAUUACAGAAUGUCUAUUUUAGUGAUAUUAGGUUUUAUUUGGAACUUUAUAAGUGUAAUAAAUGGACAAGUGGUGUUGUAUGCCAUCUUUAAUAAUGCUGGUAUCAGAGGUAACAUAACAUUCUACCAGAAACCCGAUGACACAAAUGUCACCAUCUCUGUUCAUCUUACUUCAUUUAGCUCUGAACCUAGAUCGUUUGCGUGGGGAAUUUAUUCUUUUCCUGUAUUCUUCGAUUCCAAAACACCCUGUGCAUCAGCGGAGCUCGGUUCCACGUUUCAUGACUUAGCCAAACGGCAUGGAUCUAUUAUGAUUCCUGCAGCAGAUGGUAUGCCACAAGUGUUCACUGACUCAGAUCUUAAGCUUCGAGGAUUAAAUACUAUUUGGGGUAGAUCUUUGCUCUUACGUAGUACAGCUUACAAUACUGACCUUAGAGCUUGUGCCAACCUUGCCACAGAUGGCGACGCCAAGACAGUGGAAGCAACGUUCUCUUCGCCUGUUGCUGGAACUGUAAUAUUUCGCCAGAGUGAACUUGGAGAAACUACUAUUUUCGCCAAUAUUUUUCAUACCACAGAGGAUUACACACCUUCGACCAAUCACGAGUGGAGAAUUUUGGCGACAGACAUUCUAGACAGAUCCAAGGAGCUUUCGAGGAAGAGAAGGUGUGAAAAUCUUCAAGUUCUUUUCGAUCCAAAUAACGUAGAAGAUUCAGAAUGUUCAAAAUCUUCCCAUGAGAAUUGUAAAAUAGGGGAAAUGACUAGAAAGCAUGGAGAAGCAGCUGUUGGAGCCACUAAUUCUCGAUAUUCUAAGAGAUUCUACGUGGACACCAAUCUCCCUUUAUCUGCUGUAGGAAGUGGUUUACGUUCGCUUUAUCUGGUUUUGUACGAGAGCGGCAAUCCUUUUAGAAUCAUGGCCUGCGCCCCUCUAGUCCCUGUAAAGCCCAAAGAAGUCAAAGCAUACAUCAGUUCCGAUUUUGUGAAGGGCCAUAUACUGUUGAGCCAGAGCUACAGAACGCAACCUACAGUGGUCACCAUACAGCUCCACAAUCUCAGAGGACGAGGAUCUGCGUUUAGGAUACACGAGUUUCCCAUACCACAGAGAACCAAAGCUGGAGAGAAUUAUUGUGGCACAAAAUAUGUUGGUGGAACAUAUAAUCCAUACGAGUUACCUAUAGAAGAUGGCCCUGACCCAGGAGAAGGUACCGGAGAUCAAUAUCCUGUCGGAGAUUUAAGCGGAAAAUUCGGUUUGCUCGACGUCAGUCCUUUGAUGAAUUUACAUUUAGGUAUCCACGUCGAUUUCAACAUGCCACUCUUUGGAACGAACAGCAUCAUUGGGCGGUCCAUCGUCAUAACAAAAUCUGAUGGUGAACCCUGGAUCUGCGCAAAUAUAGGAUAUCCUGAACCAACAAGGAUGGCCGUGGCCACUUUUGUUUUCCCUAUUGCCGGUGAAGUGGUCUUCAGACAAGCUCUUAAUAAUCCUUACAGUGACACAACAGUUUUUGGCGAAUUCUACUACAUAGAUGGAAGUCUAAAUGACACAAUGGAGCACAGGUGGGAUGUACACGACUUCGAGCCUGGGCGAGACUUCUAUAACUGGACAAAAAGAUGUGAAAGUACCGGCGAUCAGUUCAAUCCAUUCUCUGUAGGGGCUGGAAGACAGUACGAGCGGUACUGUAAUCUAGAUAAUCCUCUACGUUGCGCAGCAGGUGAUCUAACUGGAAAAGGAUCGCGCAUUAACAUUUCCGCCAAGAAAGCGAAUCAGAGAGAAACAAGGAACAAAGUCUUUUACACGGAUGUCCAGCUGCCCCUCUCUGGCCCUGACAAAAUUGUGGGGAAAAGUCUCGUAAUCCACGAUGAUACUGCUCCACCUCACAGAGGAGAUAGGCUCGCAUGUACGGGGAUACGCAUUAGACAUCCAGUGAAGGCUUCAGUCCGGUGGUGGAUAAGUGGACCUGCGAUUGAGUCCAAUGUGUCCGGUUUGGUACAGUUUUCGCAAGAAUCUGGAUUUGAUGUGACAGAAGGCAAAGUUGAGUUGGGUGGACUGGCUAGCUUGGCUGGAAACUAUGACAUACACAAGGUCUGGGUACCCAUAGACAGAGAAUUUCCUUGUACUAGUGACUCUGUGCUAGGAAAUUACAACCCAUUUGGAGUGAAUACCUCUUUGAGUUUUGCACCUGGCAUAGGUUCCAACGAUGAAUACGAAGUUGGCGAUCUGAGUGGCAAGCAUGGUAGCCUUGACAACCAAGAUUCAUACAGACUGCCUGAGUUUAAGGACAACAAUCUGCCUCUCCAUGGUCCAUAUAGUGUCAUUGGCAGAUCAGUUGUAGUCCACAAGCGAGCUAGAAACUUUCAGUGGACGUGUGGUACUAUUCAACCAGAUUAUAAAUCGGAUGGGAUACGAGAAGUCAUUGGCUUGGCAUCUUUUGACAGAACAGGGAUUUUCGUUGAAGGCUAUAUUAGGCUGCGGCAAUUGGAAUACGCUGAUGGCGGGCGAGGAGAUACCUGGAUUGAGAUAGAUUUGAGACAUCCGGGUGCUCACAACAAGAAUGUGUCAAAGAAUCAUGAAUGGGCUGUCUACGUAAAUCAAGUAGCUCACGAUGCUGUAGAAAGAGUGGAGAAUGUUCGUUGCAUAUCAUCUGGAUAUCGUUGGAAUCCAUACAUAGUGAAAUCGGAUGAUGACUAUUACAAGUCGGAGUGUGGCAUCGAUAAUCCUUUCAGAUGUGAGAUGGGUGACCUUUCUGGCCGGCAUGGAACUUUAGAGAUUGGUACUGGAAGGAGAGUUUUCACAGACGUAAAUCUUCCUUUGGUUGGAAAUUUCUCAGUUAUGGGUCGUUCCAUUAUAAUUUUCGCAAAGGAUGGCUCUCAGAACAAGUUAGCUUGUGCAAAUAUUCUGCCAGAUAUUCAUCUUAUUCGUCACAUAACUGUCAAAAAAAUUCCAGGAUUCACAGUGCAAAGGUUUAUGAAUCACAUGAGAGAUUUAUUAGAUGCCAGAGAUUGGCUGGUAGUGCAAGACACCCAAUCACAAAGAGAGAUUUUAGAUGGACAAUGCAUUCAAUUGACCAUUCAUUUCUAUGGUCCUGAUGCUCAUCGCCAUCAAAUAGAAUUUAGCAAUCUCAUCAAUCUAGGUAGCGUACGAAGAAACACUAGACUUGGAUUAAAAGUCAUUGAAACAUACUACAAACCCUGUCGCAAUCUUAACGAUGUCAGUAGUGCGGCCAUUUCAAACAUACCAAUCAUGCUGAUCAUUAUCGGAAUAUUCUCAAGUUUCAUUUUUAGAUAUGUGUGAUGUGAACAUUUCAAGCCAGCUUUGAGUUAUCAUUUGAUAAAUUAUAUGCCUAGUGUGUAAAUGUUGUCUAACUGAGUUAUAUUUAUUGAGCUCAAAUUAUUAAUUUGCAAUUUUGUUUUGCAAAAAAAGAACUCAGGCAAAGCAGACCAAAGGAACAUUUCAUACGCAAAAUACUUUGUACAUAAAUUCAUCACAAAUGCAUUCAUUGUUUGUAAUUUUCAUUUUUUAUGAGUUUUUAAUCCAUUGCAUUAAUUGCUUGUUGAGUACUUAUUGAAGAUUUGUAUUUAGUGUUUUAAAGCAAUUUUUUUAAUAAAAUAUUUUUUUAUUCUU